AUGCGAAAAAACUACAACGGCGACGACGGCGACACAUCGUUGAUAGAUUGCGAUCACGUGAUCACUUCUUUUCGUCGUUGUAAUUAUCCAAAAGUUUCGUCUGCUGGUCUUGUAGAAAUAAUACAAGAAUGCGGAAGGUAUUCAAGGUUUUGGGAUAUUCCGAGUCCGUGGUGGCAAGCUAGCACCAUAUUGGUCGGCAUUGCCAGCGGUCUUAGCUUGUUGGUCGGUGUUACCGCCACAGCUGCUUGUUGCGUUGCUUAUGUUGUUCACGCUGGAACGGCAAGAGCUGCUGGAUUUUUACAACUUUUUGCAGCUUUGAUGGUCUGCUGCGGAGUCGUUUUGUAUCCGAUAGGAUGGGACAAUAGGGAAAUCAAAGAAUCGUGUGGAGAAUCGGCACACGUUUAUAAAAUCGGAAAUUGUAACGUAUCAUGGUCAGCGUAUCUUUUGCUCGGAGCCGUCACACUUUUAUUAUUUUGCUUCGGUUUGAGUUUUUGCGCAUCGAGAAUAAAACCCGGAGGAUCGUUUCGGAUAUGA